UCAAGGAGUGGCGGCGAUUGCCAUUAGUUCCGUGUUAUGGUCGUGUGCUCGCAGCCAAGGCUUGUGCCCGUCGAGCACUGAGUCCCCCUUGCGCCUACCGGUACCAUUUCUCUCAACCUAGACGGACGGUCAAGCAAUCCUAGUACACUAUGUGUGAGGCAACUGACAUGAUUGCAGACAGUGCUGCCGUUUCUCCUCCACUCACUGGUAUACGGUCAUCCUCGUCUUUGCGCAGUUUAGUGCUCAGUCCUUCGAAAUCCGUAUCCUUAUCUCAACCAAAGGUCACUAUUGAUGUUGAGUUUGUCGAUGGUUUAACAAACGUUAAGGCCAAAUUACAUGCAAGAUCUUACAAGUCGGUCGACUUUGCAAGAGACCUUCUUGCUAUUUUGGUGGCUCUGCGGGUCCCUGGUUGGCACAAGACGCAGGUAACCCCCGAGUCACUCUCCAUCCGCAAGGUCUCUGGUGCUCUUACCAAUACCAUCUUUUUUGUCUCUUGCCCUACCAUUGCUCUUGUUCCUACACUCUUGUUGCGCAUCUAUGGCCCAUCAUCCAGCUCUCUCGUCUCUCGUUCUCACGAGUUGCGCAUGCUUCACAUUCUCUCAUCUCGAUGCCAUUUUGGUCCUCGUGUAUAUGGUACAUUUACAAACGGUCGUAUUGAAGAGUACUUCGAGUCUGUCACGCUAGUUUCAUCAGACCUUCGUGACAGGAAGACUAGCCAAUGGAUAGCUUCGCGUAUGGCUGAACUCCAUUCUGUGGAGAUUAGUGUUGUAGAAGGUCCACUCACCGUCAGUGCUCUUGAAGGGAAGAGUUGGGAGAUCGGGGUCAAGAAAAAUGUUAAAGCGUGGAUGCCAGCUGCACGAAAGGUUUUGGGUCUCCACUGUAUAUCUGAGGCCACUCGUCAAACACUUAACAUCGACCGCUUCUAUGAACUUUGGAUGCGUUACUUACGCUGGGUCUCUCACGUUGAGAAGGUAGAGGGGGCAAGCCGACGUGUUUUCGCGCACAAUGAUACGCAGUAUGGCAACAUACUGAGGUUAACUAGCCCACUUCGUCAGGAUGCUCCCGAACACCACCAGAUUGUUGUGGUUGAUUUUGAAUACGCAUCGCCUAAUCCAGUUGCGUUCGAAAUUGCUAAUCACUUCCACGAGUGGACAGCUGACUAUCAUUCAUCAACACCGCAUUUUCUGGAUCCAAACCGGUAUCCGACAAUGGAAGAACGUCAAAAUUUCUAUCGGGCGUAUCUUGCACACUCGCGUCCCACUGCCACAUGCGCUUCCUCGGUUCCAACGUUGCGCUCAGAAGUAGAAGUUUCCCAGUUGGAACGUCAAGUGCGUAUUUGGAGUCCUGCCUCACACGGGAUGUGGACUGUAUGGGGUAUCGUACAAGCGCAGGACAGCCUGGAAAGAGGAGAAUUGGAACCAGAGUUUGACUACUUAGCUUAUGCGACAUGUCGUAUGGAAGGGUUCAUCAGAGAGCUAUCUGAACUUGGUGUUCGGUAGGGCUUUAGUUCCUCGUUCGCACCUCUAUCCCGACUACCAUAGAACCUGCAAUUUUUUGUGUUGUAGAAGCCUACCAUGUGCUGCGGCGAUGUUUACGCACGCUCCUCGAGGUCGUGUUUUGUACAACAUCCUCGCACAUCCAUUCAAGGACCGCUGUAGGCCCUCGGAUUAUUUAUUUUUAAGAGCCCUCUGGAAGUCUGAGAGCCCCUGACAUUAAUUUGUGUAUUC